UAAUGACCACACAUAUUCUGUAGUUUGGAGGAGUGGAGAAGUCAUGACAGCAAACCCCGAACUUCAGGGAGUAGUAUACAAUGGGGCGGAUAGUUACUCGUCUGGAAUGGAGAACAGUGGAAAAGUUGUACGGACGGUCAUUAAACAAUUGCUGCAAUGUGUAGGGAAUCUGUUGAAACAAGACAAUGGGAAUUCCAGGAAUUCCAUAUGUAUAGCUGAGUUUGGAGCUGCUGACGGAGGCGUGUCAUUGGAGCUCAUGGACACGGUAAUAGCUUAUAUCAACCAGAUGUCCAGUGAUCCCCGGGAAAUUACACUUGUUUAUGAAGAUCAAUUGUUUAACGACUUCAACGUUCUAUUCCAGACAGUCCAUGCGACCAAUUCUGAUAAACGUAAUCGAUUGUCCGUAAGCGAUAACGUGCACGUGCUAGCUAGUGCUACAUCAAUGUACCGGAAGUGCCUGCCUACAGGUUCCGUCGAUCUGGCUUUCUCUUCAGUGAUCUCUACUAGAUAA